AUUCAUAUUGGACUUUUUUGAAACAGCAUUUACUAAAACAAAAAACAUAAAAAAUAAAUUUGGGCUUACCUCGCACAUCUUUGCAUGGAUUUGGAGUGGAUUUUAUAUGGCAAUAUAACGGAAUUCUAAAAAUUUUAUUAAUUUGACAAAUUUUUUAUGUUAUUACGCUGUGUUCCUUAUAUAAUAAUUCGCCGUUUCAAAAUGUUUUCUCGUGGAUUUUUAAUGAUAGCAAAGGCACUGCGUCGCGGUAUUAGUACUGAGUUGACUGCAGCGCUUCGCCCGUUCUAUUUUGCGGUGCAUCCAGAUCUAUUUGGACAGCAUCCAGUGCAGCGAAAGGUAAAUGAAGAUUCAUUGAAGCAGCUGAGCGCACACAUGGAAUGCAUAACCGAGCAUAGAUAUCAUCUGGAUAGCAAGGAGCUAACAUUUUAUAUACGAGUUGGUAAAACAGUAAAACGUGAUAAAUUUAAGACUAUUAAAAUAAAGUUAGGGCAGCAUAACAAAGAUCCAAAGAUAAUUGUACAAAACUUACUGGAAUUAUGUAAUCUACCCACUGAUUAUGUCAAAAGUCUUAAACCGGAACCGACAUACGAUCCAAAAAGCUUUUCCAAAACCCACAAUAACAAAUCCAAUUAUAAACCCGGUGGCGAUUAUAAGUAUGGCUCUGAGUUCACUGGAUUUGAAUCACAUUUUUACAAGGCAAAGGAAGAAACAAAGAAGACUUUACAUUCGUGGAUGUUAGAAAAUGCGCCAGUGGCAAGAAAUCGCUCCAUCGAACUAGAGAGUGUAAAAGAGGAAGUAUCUAAGUUGAGUAAAACGCUUGUUAAACAGUUGAAUUUACGAGAGUUAAAAUAUGAUUGCGGUUGGAAUUACGACCACUUUCGUGGGUGUCUUAAAUCACUGGAACGUUUAGCCAACUUGCAUGCACAACACAUGACAGUUUUGAAGGACAGAACUGUGGUGUUUGCCUCUUUCACUGGUGUCAGUUUAGAGGGACAUGUGAUGUUAUUCACAGGUGAUGUAUUAAACAACUGGCUAGAUUUCAUAAAAAAAAUACCCAGACAGGAUGUGUUCUUAAAAAAGGUGCCCAGAUAUGAAAAUACUCUUUCGCAAGUAUUACGAAACAUCAGGGUCGGCCGUAGAAAAUUUAUGCCUAAGCAACAAGCCGUGGAAUAUGCUGGUCAUUUGGUAAAAUUAACAACUAAUCUUGGCGACUACCUGUCACGUAAUAAAUAUCCAAAGUCUUGGCCAGAAUCUUUAAAUGAAUAUGAAAUUGUUAUUGAAUCUGAAGCUGGUCCUUUAAUGGUUAAUCCAACAGGACAGUUUAUAGCACCUGCAACAUGUCCUGGCUUUAUGUUAGUCGACUUCAUAACAACGAAUAUGAGUAUAGCCAAAGAACGCGAAGAAAAAUAUAAAUCACAGAAAGUAAUCGAACGGGAGUUAGUGAAUCAAUGUCAGAAGCAACUACAACUGAAAUCGCUUACCAAGGAUGACUCCAUCAUACCUGAAAAAAUGAUAGAAACACUAACAAAUCUAAUAAAUUACGAAAAGGAUCCCUUUAAAAAUAUUGAUUUGCACAUUACAAACUACUAUUCGGUGCUUACAGAUGGCAUUGUAUGUAUUCCAUGGGAUUUCAUGUCAAGAUAGAAAAUAGAAAAUAAUGUCUUAUUUUUAAAAAAUAUUGUGAAAAGAUUGUGCCUCAAUAUAAUGUAAUCUACGAGUAUAAAUGUAAAAACAAACUAAACAUGUACCAAUUAAAUUUGUGCAAUAACUAA